AUGAGUAGCGCUAACUGUUGUUUCUUGUUGAUCUCCUUCGACGUCUGCUUCACGAUUCAAUUAAUUUUUGGACGAGCGCUUCAAAUUAUCCUCCUUUGUUUGAUUGCUGAGGAAAUUGCCGAUUUUGUUCGAAAAUCAAAUGGGGAAGAACGAUUUUCUAACUCCAAAGGCAAUUGCGAACUGAAUCAAAGCAAAGGGUCUGCAGAAAUUCUGAUGGUACUGCCAGAUGUGCUAGAAACAAUGCCGAGACGAGAAUGGAUUCAAGUGUCACUGCAUGAGCGAGUCCCACCAGCGCCAAAUGGAGGUCUUCGGCCAAAACCCUAA